AAAAGAAAAACAUAGCAAAAUUAUUAGUCUUUUCAAAAAAGAGAGUAUGUUAUUUUCAAUUCCAUUGUUGGUUUUGUUUUCAUCCAUGUGCUUGAUAACUAAGCAAAUCGAAAUUGAUGAAAACAAUGAAGAGAUGGUUGGUAGCAUAAACACUAACAGAGUAACAAACUCUGAAGUGAAAAAGUUGAAUGAUGAAGUUGAAGAAGCAAAGUUCAAAGAAUGUAGAAAGAACCAUUCAUAUGGCAAUGGUGGAUACUCUGUUGAUGGUUGUUUAGAGUUUUCAGCAGAUGGUGUUGAAGGUACACGUGAGUUUUUCAUAUGUGCUGCAUGCAAAUGUCAUAGAAAUUACCAUCGUCAAGAAACGACACCAAUAACGUCGUUUCAUCAUCAACCGACUCCCAUAACGACAGUUUAUGAGACUCCGACUGGAUACCUCAAAAUAAAUGGACCACCACCAAGGGGGACUACUACCACCACAACUGCUCUUGCUCUUGCUCUUCCUUCCAAGAAGAGGUUUAGGACAAAGUUCACUCAUGAACAGAAACAGAAGAUGUUUGAUUAUGCUCAGAAAUUAGGUUGGAAAGUUAAGAAGAAAGAUCAGAAUGUAGUUCAAGACUUUUGUAAUCAGAUUGGGGUAAAAUGUCAAGUUUUUAAAGUGUGGGUUCAUAAUAACAAAUACACCCUUGGCAAGAAGCCUUAGAAAAAAUACAAUCAUAAAAAUAAUUAAUAAUCAAUAAUAAUAAUGGUUCUGUGUUCUUCUUUUUAUAAUAAUGUAGAAAAUUGCUGAGGGUUAUAUUUUCUA